AUGUCGAUACCACCGGUUGAUUUUAGUAUACCGCCGCCUCGUUUUAAUAUUCCACCUCCUGCAGCUUCUACAAUUGUACCCACUCUAACUUCCCAACAACCACAAACAUUAUACAACCAGCCUCCACCUUAUCUACCACCUCCGCCUACCGAUGUACUACCACCCGUUUAUUUACCGCCGGCACCGUCGGUUAAUAUGAUUUCCCCUAUGCCUCCUUAUUCACCACACAGUGUUAGUCUUCCACCUCCAUACUUACCUCCAUCACAAAACUUUUCUCAACCGGCUCCACAGUAUUAUAACAUGGAUUCAAACUGGCGAAAUUAUGACAAGUCUACUAAUUUAAUAGCUCCCUAUAAGAAUAUUUCUGAUAAACCAUCUUCAAGUGCAUCUAAUUCUCACUUUUAUGGUAAGGAUAUAAAAAGUGGUGAAGGUGAAUAUCGUGACAGGAGUUACAGUUCACCUUCAAGGGAAUAUUUACCUAAGUCACGAUAUUCUCCUCAUAGGGAGCAUAGCUAUGAAAGAGGCAGUAGAUUUGAUAGAGAAAGACCAAGAUCACACAGAUCUAGUCGCAGUCCAAGUUACAGUCGGAGUUAUCAUAGCAGAAGUCAAUCUAGGAGCAGGUAUAGAGAAAAAGAAGAAUAUUAUCGUAGAGAAAAAUAUGCUAAAGAGAGAUAUGAAAAUGAGCUCAGAAGACAUGCUAGUCAUGAAAGACAAAGAAGUCCUUCUGCUUAUAGAGAACAACGAAGUCAUAGCCGUACUUAUGACAGUCAUGAAGGUAAGGGACGCUAUAGAAGCCCUGAGAGAUAUCAUUCUCAUCGGAGGGUAUCUUAUUCUCAUAGCCGCUUACGUGAGCUGUCACCAAGAUCAGCAAGAGAAACACCAUCAACUUCUAAGCCUUUAACGGAUAGAGAAAAAAUAUUGGAUGAUUACAGGAAGAAUUACUGUCGAACUUCCGAGGACUUUAUUAAGAAAAUGGAGGAAUGGUCAAGAGAACAUAAUUCUGAUGAGGAAGAGGUUUCUAAAAUGUGGUAUCGAAGCUCGCCCGCUGAACUGUACUACACUAACGUAGAUGAAGCCGAAGGAGUUGAACAGACAAAAAAACUUGAAAAAAUCUGUGAAAAGUUUUACAUGAAACUCAUAGAGAGAGGUAGAAAUGCAAGGCCAAUAGAAGAUGAAUUACCGCCUCUGAAGCCGCAACGAUCAAAGAUGUGUCGACAUAAAGUGGAUGAAAAAAGUUCAUCGUCUUCUGAAAGCGAUGAAAGUUUAGAUGAAGAAGGAUUACAGGGUUACACUGAUCGAAUUAUGUUGGAAUUGCAGAGGAAGCAAAGCCAUCCAAGAAGGCUUCAUCCAGAAUUAUGGUUCAACAACAGUGGCGAAAUGAAUGGUGGUCCCUUGUGCCGAUGCAGCGCUCGCGCGCGUCGCCACGGCAUACACCAUGGCGUGUACGCGGGGGAACAGACCUUCCCAAAGUGCAUCCCCACGCGGAGUAAUAUCGGCAAGCUGUAUCAUUACUGCAUUACUGUUUCGCCACCAACCAAUUUCCUGAUCAAAGCACCAACAAUCAUAGCACAUGAUGAACACGAGUUUUUGUUCUCUGGAUUUUCAAUGUUCUCGCAUUAUAAACUGAAAAAACUACCUAAGUGCAAGGUCAUAAGAUUUAAUAUUGAGUACACGAUAUUAUAUGUGGAAGAGCCACCGCCUCAGAAUUUUACUAUCCAGGAAUUAGAUUUGUUUGAGGAGUAUCUGUUCAAAGAGCUAAUGGAGCUGGUCGACUUGGACUUAGGAAAAGGUACAGAAGACUCGUGCUCGCAGUUCCAUUUCAUGCCGCGGUUCAUUCGAUACUUACCUGAAGGUGGCUGUGAGGUAUUGUCUAUGUGCGAGGUUCUGAAGUAUUUGAUAAAUGAAAGCGAAUAUCUGAUCCCGCCGGAGCAACUUGAAGAGUUUCAUGAUAUGGAUCACUACAGUUGGCAAAAAUUUGUUGAUAGAAUUAAAGGUAUGAUAGUAACAUAUCCAGGGAAGAAACCGUGUUCAGUCCGCGUGGACCAGAUAGACCGCACCCCGCCCACCACCGGCGAUGGGAAGAGCUCUAAGGAAAUAUCUAAGACUUACUAUCCGGAAAUUGUGCAUUUCGGCAUAAGACCGCCCCAGUUGAGUUAUGCAGGCAAUCCUGAAUAUCAAAAAGCCUGGCGCUACUACGUGAAGUAUCGUCACCUGAUAGCGAACAUGGCGAAGCCGUCGUCCAUGGAGAGGCAGAAGCUGGCUGCCAAGGAGGCUCGUCUGCAGGAGAUGAGGACGCAGAGCAAGAUGAAGAGGGACGUCACUGUGGCGAUAUCCUCUAAAGGGUUCUUCACCACGGGGCUCAUGUGUGAUGUUGUGCAGCACGCAAUGCUAAUACCAGUUUUAGUGCGUCACUUAAGAUUCCACAAAUCGUUAGACAGUUUAGAGGAAAAGAUCGGAUACACGUUCAAACAGAGAGCUUUGUUACAAACAGCCCUCACACACCCCUCGUACAGGGAGAAUUUCGGAACAAACCCGGACCAUGCACGUAAUAGUCUCACCAAUUGUGGGAUACGACAGCCCAAGUAUGGGGAUAGACGGAUACACUAUACUAGGAAGAAGGGUAUUGUAACCCUGAUCAACAUAAUGUCCCGCUUCGGAAAGCUGAGCGAGACCGAGUCGGAGAUCAAGCACAACGAGCGGCUCGAGUUUCUGGGGGAUGCUGUGGUGGAGUUCAUCUCCUCAAUACACCUGUUCCGCAUGUUCCCCGGACUGUCCGAGGGCGGCUUGGCUACUUAUAGGGCUUCUAUAGUGCAAAAUCAACACUUGGCGCAACUAGCUAAGAACAUAGGUCUCGAGCAGUACAUGCUGUACGCGCACGGGUCGGACCUGUGCCGCGAGGUGGUCAUGCGCCACGCGAUGGCGAAUUGCUUUGAAGCGCUGAUGGGAGCGCUCUUCCUCGACGCCGGACUUGAGGUAACAGACAGGGUGUUCGGUCUCUCUCUGUGGUUCCACGAGGCGGACCUGCUGGAGGUGUGGAGCAAGGAGCGACCGCACCCGCUGCAGGACCAGGAGCCGCUCGGCGACAGGAAGUACAUCAAGAGCUUCGAGUUCCUGCAGAAGUUGACCGAAUUCGAGGAGUCUAUUGGUGUAAAGUUCAAGCACAUCCGUCUGCUGGCGCGCGCGUUCACGGACCGCUCGGUGGGCUUCACGCACCUCACGCUGGGCUCCAACCAGCGCCUGGAGUUCCUCGGCGACACCGUGCUGCAGCUCGUGGUCUCCGACCGCCUCUACCGCCACUUCCCCGACCACCAUGAGGGGCAUCUCUCGCUGCUCCGGUCGUCACUGGUGAACAACCGCACGCAGGCGAUGGUGUGUGACGACCUCAACAUGUCGGCCUACGCCAUAUACAACAACCCCAAGGCCAAGCCCACCACCAAGAAGCACAGGGCUGACCUGCUCGAGGCCUUCCUUGGCGCUUUGUAUAUUGAUAAGAACCUGGAAUACUGCCAGGCAUUCUGCAACGCGUGCCUGUUCCCGCGACUGCAGGACUUCAUCCUGAACCAGAACUGGAACGAUCCCAAGUCCAAGCUGCAGCAGUGCUGCCUCACGCUGCGCUCCAUGGAGGGCGGCGAACCCGACAUACCCGUCUACAAAGUGAUCGAGUGCCUCGGUCCCACGAACACGCGCGUGUACACGGUGGGCGUGUACUUCCGCGGCACGCGCCUCGCCGCCGCGCGCGGCCACUCCAUACAGGAGGCGGAGAUGAACGCGGCCGAGCAGGCGCUCACCACUGCGCACGAAUUAUUCCCACAACUUGACCACCAAAAACGGAUGAUAGCAAAGAGCAUGCGGAAAAAGAAGAAUCGUCAGAAAGGACGUGAUAAAGACCCGAACGCGGAGAAGGAAAUUUUGUUCCAGCAGAAAAGAAUUGAAAACAACGCCCCCAAAGCCUACAGACUUGAUGCUCAAGAUGAGGCAAGUUCAGACGAAAGUGUUCGAGAAAAGUCUGAUACAGAACAAGAACCGAACUUUGAGGAUAGACUCUCUGAUGAUGAUUCUGGCCUCGACAGUGAUCAGGAGUCGAUACCGGAUAAAAAACUAGAAAAUAUACAAGUUAGCAGUCUCCUCAGUGACAUGGAAAAAUUAAAGCAAGAUUUAAUCAAAAGAAACGAAUACGAUAAGCUCAAGGAGAAAUGUCGCAGGAACGAAUCUGAUGAAGAUGAUUUAGCAUUUGCACAGAACCAG